AAAACUUUCGCUACUCUAAAUCAGGGGUAACACAGAGGGCGUCUACUUUAUACUGCAACUGUAGACAAUUUGAGCUACAUUUGAAAGAACAAGGAAGCAAGUGAAACAUGUCAUUACAUUACUCUUUUGCACGUCCGAUUAUCCGAUUUUCUUUUAAUUUGCUUCUUUUUCCCCUCAAUAUAAAUCAUUCAACUCGGUCACCUGUAUGCGGAAUUGGUGCGGACGUAUCCUACCGGUAUUCUGAAACCCCUGGAAUGUGUUGAUCGCUCUACGUUGAAGACAAAUACUGAAAAAGUAGCUGUAGACCGACAGGACCUACGUUCCCUUUGCUAGCCUACAGAUAGAAACUGUCAAACAUGGGGGAAAGAGGACGCUCGACGUCGGAUGAGGAAUUUAGCUUUGUCAGUCGUGUUGUAAAAUACUUGCUUUUUCUUUUUAACAUGAUAUUUUGGGUGAUUUCAUUGGUGAUGGUGUCAAUCGGCAUUUAUGCGAGGGUAAUGAAGCAUGCCGAAGCAGCCCUGUCCUACCUGUCUGUGGACCCCGCCAUCCUGCUGAUGGUCGCGGGGGUGCUGAUGUUCCUCAUCACCUUCUGUGGGUGUGUCGGAUCGCUGCGCGAAAACAUCUGCCUUCUACAGACGUUCUGCAUCUGCCUGAUAAUCAUCUUCCUCCUGCAGCUGGCUGCAGGCAUCCUCGGGUUCAUCUUCUCCGACAAGGCACGGGGUAAAGUGACCGAGAUUAUCAACAGUGCCAUUCUUCACUACAGGAAUGACCUGGACCUGCAGAACCUCAUUGAUUUCGGUCAAAAAGAGUUCAGCUGUUGUGGGGGGGUCUCCUAUACCGAUUGGUCUCAGAACAUGUACUUCAACUGCUCAAGCGAAAAUCCCAGCAGAGAGCGCUGCUCCGUGCCAUAUUCCUGCUGCCUGCAGUCUAAAGACGGGAAGGUCAUAAACACCAUGUGCGGUCAGGGCAUGCAGGAGCUGGACUACGUGCACGCGGGGGUUUUCAUCCACACCAGCGGCUGCAUCGACACGCUGGUCAACUGGAUCCACAGUAACCUCUUCCUCCUGGGCGGCGUCGCCCUGGGCCUCGCCAUCCCGCAGCUUGUAGGAAUGCUUCUGUCUCAAAUACUGAUCAACCAGAUCAAGGACCAGAUCGAGCUGCAGGAAUACAACCUCCGGCAUCGUUCGGACCCCUGGCGCUGACCCCCGCCCCAGACCGGGCUUUGGGGUGAGGGUCGCGAACAGCAGUGACCACGACGACCCAAGUUGCCCGCGGCACCACUGUCCAGCUCACGUCACGUUGGACUGAGCGCAGGUCGUGGAGUCUGACGCUUAACGUUAAGAUUAACUAUUAAGACUUUUGAGGAGUCAGAAUGAAUUUUGACCACUGAACUCCUGCUGGAUCAAGUCAGCACCUGCGUUCCAGUAUUUUUCAGUUUUUUUAUUUUGCAUUCUAUCCCCCCCUUCCCCCUCCCCCACCCACCAAACAGCUGAAUGCCAGGGAUUCCUAAACGCGAACGGUUAAGUCUCUGGGAAUCUUUAGAACACCUUAAGAACCCUUUAUCACAAGAGGAAAAUGCCCCUCUUCAGUGCACAUCAGCAUAAUGCAUUGCAAUGAAGGAAGGGCGAAUGUUUGCUCAUCGAAGCAGACAUUGGGAAAUGACUCCGAAAAGGCACCAGAUUACUGAGCAAAAGCUGAGUGUUUGGAACCGAUUGUCCUCUCCUACCCCAGAGUUACGCCAUCAGUUCUGUGAUCACGUGACAGGAAAACAACUAUGCUUAUCGUUCUCACACUGUAAACUUCCAGAUACUAGACUUCCAGCAAGGCUUAGAGAAUGAACUCUUAAUUUGUGUUUGUACUGACGAACUGGGAAUGGAUGAGAUCCAUUAUAAUCCUGUGCGGGAUACUAGUUGUGUGACUGGGUUUGCGUCAUUUCAAGAUAGCAUGCGUCAUGACCAUCACUGAGUUCCUCCCUUCCAUUUCAAGACCACACUUGCCCAGUCAAUAUAAUGCUGUUCACUUCAUCAUUUCUUUCACUUACUGCCAUGAUAUUAUGUCUCGUGCAAGUCCUACAGUAGUAGUAAUAAUUUCUGUUUUUUUUUAAAUCAUGUUACCAUUUCUUCUGAUAUCUAGAAGAUGAUUUCAGUAAGUUCAGUACUGCCAUUUGUGUUUAGGAACUGUUGUUCUCUAGAAGUUAAAUUGGGCAAAAGAAAUUCCAUAAUUACCAUGUCAGAUUUUAUUUGCUGGACAAUGGGUUGAUUAAAUGAAUAUUUCCAAUAGCAGCAAUGCCAUUUACUGCAGUGUGCACUUAGUGUUGAUUGGGAAUCGUUACAAAAUGUGCACGUGCGCAAGUAGCAGGAUUUUUCAACGCAACAACAGCCCACCUGUCACACGUGCUGCUGCUGCUGCUGCUGCUGAUUUUCCCUUCGCUGUGACGCGUUUGGCACCGAGUCCUCGCCGAGGAGUUUCCCUUGAAACAACAUAAACAAGCGAGGCCUGACUUAUAAUAAACACGUCUUUAUUUUACGUAGCGGGAUGGCGUAAAUAGAACGUGUUUGGGUUGGCGAGCUUUCCCCCCUCUUGUGUUUACACGCACUGUCACACUCCGCCUGACGCGACCGUGUGUUUCGAGCUCAGUUUUGCUUUCGCAGACGGCCAUUUCCGCGACCGUUCGUUCGUCGUAAUCGCCGGUCGGUCAUCUCUCCCGUGUUUGUUUGAGUAGCGGGAGGGAGGGUGAGCAGGGUUGCCCGUGGUCUAUAAACUGUGAUUCCAAAACUGUGGGACAGGGACAGGGUUCAGAGAUCAGCGUGCGUCACCGAAUGCAGGCUAGAAAAAGGACAUGGCGUAAUGCGUGUACUGUAUACCUGCUGUAAAUAGACACAAAUGCAUUUGUAAUGCCAAUCUAAUGGAUUGAUUGUUUGCGUGUAUACACAUGCACUUACAACCAGGUGUCCAUUGCAGUUUGCUUGUUUUUUUUUUUGUUUAUUGCCAUGUGCUGAAAGUGGGCAUGUGUCAUUGAGCUGAGCAUAGGCGCUUAAUUUAAUCUAAACUUUAGCAUGAAUGUUGAUGCAAGCGUGGGGCACUUUGCUAUAUUUCUGCACGUCCAAACUCUAGAUGCCCAAAGCCCUGGAAAAAAUUAAAAUGAAAAAAUCGCACACCAUGACUGGCAGAAAGUGCCCAUAGAGAUGGUAUGGCAGAACUGUCAAUGUACAGUGUUCAUUUUCUACUUUUAAAAGCAUUAUUAUAGUCCAUGAUUAUAUGGUUUAUUUAUAAUAUAUUUUAUAUGCAUGUAUUUUUAAUGUUUAAGUCAUGUAAAGAAUGUGUAUGGAAAUGUACUGUACGGAUGGUCUGAAAGUAACCUGGAGCCACUGCUAUGCAGAGAAGAAGAUCUGAGGCCAUGGCGGCAUCCAGAUUUGCAGGUACCAGGUAAUUGUGCUAAGAGAGACAAGUAAGGCUUUUUGAUCAUGCAGUAGAGUUGGGGUAUCCAGUUCAGCAGUGUGCACUGGAGAUCCAGGACAUUAGAAACUCCUGUGCCAAGCAUCCCAGGUCACAUGACCCUUUCACCAGGUGCCAAUGCUGCCAUUACAUUAUAUUUUGUAAGCCAAUUCACUGUCUAUUGGUAUUCAUGGUCUGAGGUACAGAAAAUAUAUCAAAAUAUGAAAAAAAUGAUGUCACAUGAUCUAUAUAUUGCAACCUUAAAUAUAUGCAUGCCACGUCAGUUUUCAUUUUUUCAUGUUUGAACAAUAAGUGGUUUGAAAAUUAUGACUAUUAUUUGAUUAUCAUUAAAGAUGAAACUUCCAAUUUCUUCAGGAAAA